CGUGACUUCAACAGGUCAUCACAUCCUGAGGCAAGAGGUAUAAAGACACAGGAACCUGGGACCACUCUUGCUGAAGAAGACAGAGUUCUCAGAGUCUGGUUGCAACGAGGUCUAGGAGACACCAGAGUCUUUAAGAGAAAACUGACAAGUGUUCUGAGGGUCUUGAAAUCAAAACAUCGAAGUAUUGUCCCCAGUGAAAGAGGAAGAUGGCUUCCAAAUGCGUUCGGCUGCUCCUGCUGCUGAGCUUUGUAACCGGCCCCGAAGUCAUGAGUGCUGUCUGGAGACCCAGCUGUCCUGCAGGAUGGUUUUAUUACAGUUCCCACUGCUAUGGAUACUUCCGGAAGAUGGGAAGUUGGUCUCAGGCUGAGGAGGAGUGUCAGAAUUACGGAAGUGAGUCCCACCUGGCAACUGUCUCGAAUCUAAAGGAAGCCAGAGUCAUAGCAAAGUACAUACUUGGCUAUCAGAGAAACCUGCCUGUGUGGAUUGGCCUGCAUGACCCACAGAAGAAGCAGUCAUGGCAAUGGAUUGACGGGUCUAUAGACCAGUACAUACCCUGGAAUUACAGGACAAAGAGUGAAGCCAGGCACUGUGCUGCGCUGAACCCCAAGGACAGCUUUUUAAGCUGGAACAAAAACGGAUGCAGCGAGCGCCAACACUUCCUAUGCAAGUACAGGCCAUAGAGCAAGAAUCAAGCGCCUGCCAGCCGUGCACAAGCUCCUUCUUCCUCCCUCUCACCUGGCGGCUGAUAUAAUCCUUAUCCCCCAGAGGAGACACAGCAGCAAACACUGAUGAGGCCUCCAGCACACUGAUUAUCAGGCUCAGAGAGCUA